AAACAUUUAAACGCGUUUUGUGUUCAGAAUAUUAAUACUAACCGUACUCAAUAAGAAGGUUAUUUGAGUAUAUCUUGAAACGCACCUCUAUUGUAUGCGCAAUGGUUUGGUCUGUAGUAGGUGGGACUCAGGAGUGGUCAGCAGGACGUCGUAGAUCAAUGAACUGAACUGAGUUUUGAUGCCUGUGUUGGACGACACUUUGGUGGGAUUAAACCAUAUAACCUACGCACUGUAGCCUAUGUUAGGUAGCCUACGGAUGUGACAACGCGACAAGGACAUUUGAAUCAGGAUCGAAAACGGAGUUUAUUUCAAACCCGGUCGAUAUGCGGAUUUUUUCCAAAUAAACCCACUGGCUUUUAAUAAACGGGUCUGCAUGUAGCUGAAUUUUUGUGGGGAAACAAGCUUUUUGUCUCGGAAUAACUGGAAUAGGCUAUCCAGGAUGAUCUUUGCAAACACUGCCAACCCGUUGAAGAGCACAUAUCGGAAGCAGUCGUACCCCAUGGCUCCAGCCAGCCCCAGCACGGUGAGCACCAGCAGCAACAGCAGCACCACAGGAUGGGAUCAGCUCAGCAAAACGAACCUGUACAUCCGCGGCCUGCCUCCAGCAACCACUGACCUGGACCUGGUCAAGCUCUGCCAGCCAUACGGCAAGAUCGUGUCGGCAAAGGCCAUCCUCGAUAAAACAACGAACAAAUGUAAAGGGUAUGGAUUUGUGGACUUUGACAGCCCUGCAGCAGCCCAGAAGGCGGUCCAUGCCCUAAAGACCAGUGGGAUACAAGCCCAGAUGGCUAAGCAGCAACAGGAGCAGGACCCCACCAACCUGUACAUCUCCAACCUGCCUGUGUCUGUAGACGAGCAGGAGCUGGAGGGGCUGCUGAGGCCUUUUGGACAGGUCAUCUCCACCCGCGUCCUCAGAGACUACAGCGGGGCCAGCAGAGGGGUCGGCUUCGCCAGGAUGGAGUCCAAGGAGAUGUGUAACUCAGCCAUAGCCCACUUCAAUGGGAAGUAUAUCAAGACGGCGCCUGGAACUAUGGCUCCCUCUGAGCCCCUGCUGUGUAAGUUUGCCGAUGGUCAGAGGAAGAGGCACAGCCACAGUCCAUACAUCCCCAGCGGUCGCACUUGGCCCCGAGAGGGAGAGCUCAGACUUGGCGGGAUGACUCUCACCUACGACCCCACCUCAGCCGCUAUGCAGAACGGCUAUUAUGCCUCUCCCUACACCCUAACGGCCAAUAGAAUGAUGGCUCAGCAAGCCAUGUCUCCCUACAUGUCUCCUGUCACCUCCUACCAGGUACAGAAUCCUUCCUGGAUGGCCCACCAGCCUUACAUCAUGCAACACCCACAGGCUGUAAUGUCGCCCUCUGUGGACCACACCAUGACAAUGCAGCCCACCGCCGUCAUGACACAGCAGAUGGGCCAUCUCUCAUUGGGCGGCAGUGGAGCGCAGUAUAUUUCAGCCAACGCUGCAGUCCAGGCAGCCUAUAUGCCUCAGUACGCCCACAUGCAGCAGACAGCCGUAAGUUCCGAGUUUUUCCCUCUUCAGGAAAAUGGUUCACAGCAACAAGUGGAUUCGUCCAAUAAUUCGUCUCCCUACAGUCAACAGAGCAAGUAACGAUAAGGUGACUUCUGUGAGCAGUAAUGGAUGCUGUGGGCGCUGACUCAUGAUGUCACAGUCACAGCCUCUCCUGAUUGGACCAGACCAGACUUCAGUAAGAACUCUUUUGCACAGCUUCAACCAAACAACUGUGUAUGAUGGAACCAACAGCAAUGAUACUAUGGUGUGUAAAACGAAGACAGAGGUGUAAAAAUGGACAAAACCAACAAUUAUCCCCCCCCCCUUCAAAACAGGAAGAAAUGUUUUAUUUUGAUAAACGAAAAGACGUGUAUUUUUUACCACGGAUUCUCCAAGUGGAUGCAAUGGGACAAGUAGCCUACAGCGUGAUGUUAAAAGAUGCAUGAGAUUGAUUCUUUUUUUUGUGGAAUCUGUUGACUUAAGGAAAAAGAGAUUUCCAAUGGGUUUUAUAGGUAGUUUAUGAGCCAAGAUAUAUGAUGAAAAAAAUGUUGCUUGCAAAAAGUGUUCAUUUGGUGAGGUGUUACUGGUUUUUAUUUUUGGUCUUUAUAAGAUAUUAUCAUUCAAUUAGGCUUCUAGGGUUAAUGUCUGACAUGAUUUUCUGUAUCAGAUUAAAUAUGUAGAAUUGGCCGUUUGGCAGCUGUCAAUCAAUCUAUGAAUAGAGAACUGAUAGAGAAGCUAAAGAAGCAAAUGUUUUGCCAAAUAGAUGAUGGGUUGGAUAAUGUGCCUUCCGCUAACAUCAUAACAGUCAUUUUUCAUAGCCUGGCAGAAUCCGAACUGAUUCCCUAACGUUUCACUGUUUCACUUCAUGGUGAUCACAGUAUUCAGUCUGGUCUAACCAGGCUACAUUAAAAAGAACAGCCACUCUUAAUUAUAACUCCUGUCAGUCCAUAGUAAGGUCUCUUUAGACUUUGACAGCGUAGGUGUCUUGUUUUGUCAUAUUUCACACACAGCCAAGGAUGUUGACCUCCAUCAAAUGUUACACCCACUGAUCUCAUCUCCCUAAUUAAGACAAUAUAGCCUACAAUUGAAAUAAAAAACACAAAUAGAUUUAAAUGAAAUGCAAGCUUGAAAUUGUGAGGUAACGUCAAGGCGGCUGGAUUUUUUUCUCUGCUAUUUUUUACUUCAACAGACACAGUAAUAUUAAUAGAAAAUGUCUAACUUGAAUGAUGAAAUUACAAUCUGUUUUUACUUUA